AUGAAUGCGACAAAUGAAUCGAAAGAUGAAAGGUUAGUGACUUUUGCACUUUAUUGUUUUUCUUAGAAAUUGGGGGGAUUGGGAGAUGUCAUGGUCCAUUGGUUUCCAAUAAAAAAUGUGAUUUUACUCAAGGAGGUCCCAAGAAAAACAAAUGUUUUAUGAACUACAAUUUUUUUCCAUUUUCCCGUAGAGUUGUUGACUUUUUGUUGCCCUAGUUAUGUUUUGAAUAAUUGAUAAAACGUGUGAACUUUAAACAUAAAAGAUCAACUGGGUAUUAUUGUCUAGAAGUAUUCGUAUGAUGGUACCAAAAUAUUCUUUAAUCUGAUGGGAUUUUUUAAUUAUUCGCAGAUUAGCUGCGAUUACUUGCAUCUGAACUGUCAGAAAUGAUAUUAUUCAAAUCAAAAAACAAGGAAAGAAGUUUAAAUCAGACUUGGGAUUAGUUAGGUGUAAGGGAUUUUGUGAGCGAAACUCAGUUUGGAAAUCGAUUAAUAAGGAGUAGCGAAAAUUUAGAAACAAUCGAUUUUACAAAAUACUGAACGUGAGUUGAGAGAAAUAUCUCCUAACAACUUAAUCAGAUUAUUCGGAUCCUACGGGUUAGAAAAAAAAUGAAAAACAUAAGUUUAAAUAACUAUGAACUUUGAUUCUCCCAAUUUUUUCAAAGUUCAAUUUCAAAAAGAUCAAAAUAAGUACUUUCUUUCAGAACAUCCACUUUACCUUCUUGGAACUAUUUUGAUUGUAUCCAGGUGCAAAAAAGAAGACAGAAAAGUCAAAGUAUAGACUUUUUUUGUUGUUCCAUUUUCAAUCAACCAAUUCACUUCCAGUUUUUUCUUGUUCAUUUUCAGCCAUUUUUUUAAUCUUAUCAGACUGAAAUUGUAAGUACAAUACAAGAAAAGAAAAGGAUGUGGGCGUUGGAAGUAUAUUUUUCUCUUACAUAUGUCUGCAAAAUACUUCCUAAGAAUAAGAACUGCUUCACAUCUACCCAGAAAAAAGUAUAUUGAGGUUAUGAUUUAAUUUUGAGACGAAGGGUGACUUCUUUUUUCUUCUUCUCUUCUGCUUCUUAUUCUUCGCUUUCAAGUGAUACUCAACUUUUUUUCAACCUACUCCGGAUUUUGUUUUUUUUUCCCUAUAUUGAACAAGGCAGUGAAAUAAUUUUCGUGUGUGAUUUACUAUCCAAAUUGCUAGAGCUCAAGAUUUUUAAAACUUUUUGGGGUAGAUAAAAACAAUUGUCUUUAAAUGAGAAUAUCAAUCUUGAAAAAUCUGGAGAAGCUUCUGGUUAGUAAAUUACACUGCGUAAUUUUCUGAGCCAAUGGUUUCAUUGAUAAUUUGGUAAAGUUCUGAUGAAAUUCUAAUUUUACUAGUUUUGAUUUCGAACAUUUUUCACUGUUUGGAAUUUAAAAAAAAGAUUUUCGAAAUUUGAGAAGACAUGUUAUAAAGUUGUUAUAUCUCUGCAACAGACAGUUUUUCCUUUUCGUUGAACUUUUAAACAUGAAUGAUCUUUUUGAUAUUUGGUUCUUGAAAAAGUGUUCAGAUCACAAAAAUAUUUUGUAUUUUUGAAUAAUUUUCUCACCGAAAAUGUAUGUUUAUGUGAAUUCAUCUGACAAUGUACGUGUAAAUAUCUAAAUUAUAUGGUUUUUCUCGAUUCUUUUUAUAUCAGAAGUUUUAUAUUUCCUAGAAUCUUCGUUCUUUGGAUGUAGACAAAAAAUACUACUAAACUCAAAUUUCAACGUGUCUUUUUCAUUCAUUCGAUCCAAUUUGACAGAGUACACUUUAUAUAAUUCGCCUCCGUGAUUCUCUCGUCUCAAAUUAUUUUUUUUACUAUUCUCUCUUUUUAUUCAUUUUUUGAGACAUAUUUUCCGUUCCUCAAUUGGUUCUGAAAAAAUAAUUCUUUUAUUUUUUAUCUCUCUCUAUCUCUCUCGUAUUUUUAUUGAAAUACAAAAAAACAUAACUAUCAAAUUUCGACGCAAAAUUUUUAUCGCAACUUUUUAUGCUUCUAUUUUCCAUUUUCAUUGGAUUUUGAUUUUAUGGCCAAACAAAACAACAACAUCACUUCAAAAAAAAAGAACUCAAGCUACUUUUUCAGACAUUUGUUUUUCGAGUAUUUUUUAUUUUCUCCAUGUUUUUCUCCCGGUCGUGAAAAUGAUGAUGGGGAUGAAAAAUGUACCGUAGAUUCUCAAAUAUUUACAUACAUAUUCCAAUAUGAGUUUCGUACAUUUGAGUGUGGAACGUUUUUAAUUAGUUUUCUGAACUUGUUACUGGGGCGGAGACGUGAGAAAUACGAGUAUAAAACUUUUAUUUAUUUGUAUCAUAUUUCAAAUCUCGAUUUUUUCUGGUAGUAUACUACUACUUCUUAUGAAGAAAAUGAUGCCAUUCUUUUUCUGCUGGCUCCGUGAGAAUUUUUUUUCUGGAAAAAAUCAAAAGAUCUCACUGAUACUUUUUGAUCAGAGAGUAGAAGUAUUUCUUAAUGAUCAAACAUCUUUACUGGAGAAGCACUACCUUCCGAAGUGCAUUUCAUUUUUGCUCAAGUGUUGUUUUUUGUUGUUUGUACGUAAAAAAUAAACAUAUUUAAAUGUAGUAAUUCAGUGAACAACAAAACAAAACAGCGACAGCGAUUACUGAGUAAUCCAAUACAAGUCGUUUUUUUCAAUUUCACCUCUUCUCAAUCUCGACAAGAAUGAAUGCAAAACCAAUUUCAAUUAGUAACUUUUCCUUCUUCUUCUUCUUUUCAUUUUUUUUGCUUCCAAUUUUUUUUUGCUUUUUCAUAUCAUUCUCAUUGAAUAUGUAUUUCAAUUUCAUGUGUAUGGGGCUUGUGAGUAGGUAAAUAAUAAAAAAAAAACUACUAAAAAUCAAGGAAAAUAACAAAUUUUAUAUGAAUAUGAAUAUCAAUUAUAUUUUUCUUUAUUUGAGUUUUAAUGUCAAUGACAAAUAGACAGGCUCGAAUAUUUUGUUUUCAAUGUUCAAAAAAUAAAUACCGUUUAUAGAUUUCUAUAGAAACAAAUAGCCUCAUUUCAAGAAAUAAGAUAUAUGUUUGUUUUCGAAUAAAUAUCGUCAUAUUUAAAAAUAGCUAGCUUACUGUAUCUAAUGUCAUUUUUCAAAAUUGGAUCUGCCUCUCAUUGAAAUCCAGCUACAUCAUUUAGGGCCCCCAACUUUCAAAUAGUCCGCUUCUCUACUUCUCUCUGGGUAGGUCUACUUCUGCUAAACCAUGGGGACUGUUCGCAGUUUAAGCCUAAAAACCUGAAAUAUUGAAUUGAUUUGAACAUCUGAAAAAAAUUAAAAAUUAUUACGUAAUAAUUAUUUUGUUAAAAACAUAUCUUUCUCUGAACUUAUUUUGAAGAGAACCAUAGAUCUUUUGAGCCACUUUUCAAUUCCAAAAUAGAGAAAAACCUGGUCAGUUCUCGUAAUUUGAUGACGGAAAAAAACACAACAAGAUCUUUGAAAAUUUGAAAACUUGUAAAAGUUUCGAUAAUGUAUCCCAUGGGGAGUAGUAAUCCACUCCUAUUUUGUUUUGCUUUCCUGCUAUCUGAUUCAUCUACUUUUUUUGUGUUCUCAUCUCAAUUUUUUAUCCUGCAAUGUUCAACCCGUCGGAAAUGUGAGAACUCCGCGCUGAAAAUGGAGAGACAUUAUCUGUGUGCAGACGCUAUUUUUCUAGUCUUUAAACUUAUUACGAUUUUAUUUUAUUUUUCAUCUCAAGUAUAUCAUUAAGUGUCUCUUCCUUCCUCUGCGUUUUUUUUUCAGGGUGGUAUUUUUGCAGAAAAAAUAAAAAUGAAAAAGGAGAAGAAGAAGAAGAAGUAGGAAAAAAUAUCGAGAGAGAGAAAUGAUCCUUGAACAUUAUAAUUUCCAAGCAACCCGAAUUUUUGAAAUUUCCUUAUUUCAUUUCAUUUUGCUUUCCUUUCCUUUCAAUUCUGUCUGACUUGCUUGAAGAACUUCAUCUCAACCACUCAAGAAAUGAGUCGUUUGCAGAAAAAUCUGAAAUACAACAAAAAAACUUAAAGCUUCCUAGCUUCCUCCUUGUCCAAAUAUAUAUCCACUGAUUGAAUUUUCAUCUUCAAGUGCAUACUUAUUCAAUAUGCUGUUAGUCAAUCCAAGUAAAUAUAGAUAGCAAAAAGAAAUGAUUUUCAACCAUUUUUCUGAUUUUUGUCAGUCAGUACCGUUUCCCAGGCUCCAAAAAUACAUUUUCUCACAAAAUAUAAUCUUGUAAGGUUACCUUUUUUCCUCAUUCAUGUAUUUUAACAUUCUCAAGUCGUUCACUAAAAAAUAACAUAUUCAAUGAACUUCUAAAUGAUGUAAGUUUACUGUAGGUCAAAAAAAUCAUAGCAAAAAAAUAAACGUAUGACGGGAAAAAAAGUUGCAAAGUUUCUGAAAUAUUUAUGAAGUAGUGCAGAAUUCUCAUACUUUUUUGCCGUGACUUCCUUUUGCUUUUUUUUCUUCACUUUAAAGUUUUAAACAUCAUCAGUUUAUUUUUUUUAUAGAAAAGUGAAAUUAGACGAAAUUAGAUGACAGGUGAAAUUUGAAAUAUUCUUGGAAUAAUAUAUACAAUUUUGUGUCGUUCGUUACUUUGAUCUGAUCUUUAAUGUGAUAUAUUUCUAGUGAAGAAAAAUAUGAAUAGCAAAUAAUAUAUUUUGUGACGAAAAUCUCAGACAGCUUUCCUAAACUACACAAUGUGUUAGGCUUAAAUUCUUCUGAUCUCAAGUUUCUUAAAUAGCUCCUGAGCAAGAGCCUAACUUUUCGAAAUACUUCAGCACUUUUUUGAAACAAAUUUGAACAAAAAAAUUCAGAUUUCAAGAAACAAACUCAAAAGUCGUAGCAAUGUCACAAUAAAUCUAUGUUAACCCAGUUAUUAAUGUUUGUUUGUUUUCUCAACGAAAAAAGCCCUUAAACCAAAAAAAUUGAUGAUUUUUUGCGUUUAUUUCCAGCUGCUUUCGCUACAAAUAGUAUUCUUCUCUUCUUUUUUUGUUUUAUUUUCUUUUUUGCUUGUGCCAGCUCCAUUUCUAAUCGCCAUAACCAAAUUUCCUGUUUUUCUCACACUUUCUUUAUUUAUUCCAUGGUUGAAAGUAGAAAAAAGUCAGAAAAUUUUCGAGCAUAGCUCGAGUUUCUUUAAGUUAAGACACUUGGAAAAGUUUUUUUUUUCUUCCUUAUUUUGUUUUGAUGAACUUUUUUUGCUGCUUGAAAUUAAAUUGUCAAGUCAGAAAACAUUUGUGAAUCUCAUUUUUGCAUUAUUCAUUGAAAAUAGUCGCCGAUAUUAUUUUUUUUCAAAGAAAAAACGGAAAACGAGAAUAUUUUCUCGUUUUUCCACAUCCUGCAAAAAAGUCGUUCUUAUGAAGACCAACAUUUAUCAAAAAAAAAUAGCAUGUAUUAAACUAUUCAUCUUUUGGUUAGUUAGUCGAUCACAGAAUAUCUACUUCUUAUUUAUAUAGAAGUGUAGGUUCAAAUUGUUUGUUGGGUGCAAUUAUUUCUAAUUUUCAUUCGAUCUCUUUUCGUUUCUUCCUAGUUUUUCUUUUUUCUGGGAAAAUCUGCGAAAAUAAUCAUUAAUUUAUACUAAUCGCGUGUUAUUUUUGUGUACUUUCUGGAUCAUUCUGGAAAUACAAAUAUGUAUCUUAUUAUUCUAACAUUUUUUUCAUAAUUCACUUUCUUUUCUGGUAAACAACAUAAUGCUUCAAUCAUAUAAACCUGACAAAAACUUUCAUUCAUUCUAUGAACUUUGAAAAAAUUUCGAGAAAUAGGCGGAGCCCGUUUUUGAGAAAAAUAUAGAUCUAAAAUCGAAAGGAAGCAGCUUCUAUCUUGAAGCGUUCCUCGAUUUUUGGUUCUUUGGAAAAUGCAUUCCGCAACAGAUAAAUUAUAAUUUCCUAUUCCGAUUUGUAUCAAAAGAUAUCAAUUAAGAUUUGAUCAAUUUGACUUUGAAACUAAUAAUUUCUACUUUCCUGUUUCCUUUUCCAGCUUUUUUUCAUUGAGAAAAAAUAAUAUGGAACUUUAUUCAUUGUGUUUCUGGUAUCACAUGCGUAAGGCAGAAUAAAAAAUAAAAAGACCAAUUAUUCACAUUCAUAUGACGAAUUACAUUGACUAUAAAGUUAUUUUUCAUCUUCUUUCUUUCCAUUUCCCAAUUUCUGCCAUUUUUUCCAUUCAGCACACCCAUUAGCUCGUACCAUUUGGUGGUGGCGGCAAAAAAACCAAAACCAUCAUCAAAAAUCUAAGCUCAUCUCAUUACUUAACCAACGAACGUGCUCUUUUCUUUUAUUUGAAUUCAACCCCUUUUUGCUCAUUUUCCUUUCAUUUUCUUCAUUUUAUUCCAUUUUCUUCCGUACUACAACUACUUCAAAAAAAUAUUCAUUUUUUUCUAUCAGAUGUCGGAUCUAACCAAUACGUCCUGGAAAAACAAUGCUUCAUAUUUCACAUUACACGCAUUAUUGUACGCUAAAGAGUUUGGGUUUCAAAGGGGGCCUAAAUGGAGUAUGAUUUUCAAAGUAAUUUAAACAUUUUCAUUUCAGAACAGAAAAAGUUCGUAGUGACGAUCUGAUCGUUGUUGUUGUAUGGACAAUUAUGCUGUUAUAUGCACUUCUGGCAAAUCUUUUGAUUCUUGUUGGAAUUGUGAGAAGUUCAACAAUGCGAAGUGCAACUAGGUUAGUUUUUUCAUCAUCUGUUAUCUUGGUUUUGAGACCACAUUUUCUUUAAUUGCUCAUAUUAUUUUAUUGGUCUGUCUAAUAGAAAACAAGAUUGAAAAAUAUCUAAUAAUCAAAAAUCAAGCAUGCAAUUUUUGUUUUUUUUUACAGUUAUUGGUUCAUCAUAUCAAUAGCAAUGUGUGAUAUUUUGAUGACGAUUGUUUCAUUGGGACAUCUUGUUCCAGCAACAGCUUUCCACGAUACAUAUCUUGAAAAAACUUCAUCACGAAAUAUAAUUAUGAUUUUCUUUUAUGAUUUGUUUUGGUACACUGGAGUUGUUCAACUCGGAUUGAUGGCCCUUAAUCGGUUAGGAAACGAUUAAAAACUGAAAUGAUUAAAUAAAUUAAUACAUUUUUUUCAGAUUUGUAUCAAUUGUGUAUCCAAUGGAGUACAAACAUAUAUUCUCACGUAGUCGAACAUUAUACAUGAUUCUAUUUGGGUAUAUUUUAGGACUUUGUGUUUCUCUUCCAACACUGUUUGAUUGUUGUCAUACAUUAUGGGAUUCUGAAACAUAUGUCACAAUUUAUGAAAAACCUGAUACUUUAUACAAAUAUGUUGAUAUGACUGUCAAUAGUUUAUCAUUGAUUAUGAUGAUCAUAUCCUACGCAGUAAUUAUUUAUAAAGUUCGAGAAAGUGGAAAAGCAAUGGCAAAAUAUCAAUUGACUAUCCGAACAAGAGUGAGUUGGUUGACUCAAAAAUCAGAGUUCAAUAUUCAAAAACCUAUUUUGUUCUCCAAUGAAAAACACUUGAAUCUCAAUCGUUUCAGCAACAAAACGCAUUGAUGAAUGGUGUGCCGUUGUCGUCUCAAAUGAAUGGAUGUGGUCGAACAUCUUCCGUUCGACCGCCACGAAGUCAAGUGAGCAAGAAAGAAAUGCGAUUAUUCAUUCAGGUACGGAUGUACUUCCUCUUUUUUAUUAUUAACAUUAUUUUUGUUGUUAUUAUUAUUGUUGUGUUUUUGAAAAAGGGCAAUAAUAACUCGGAAGAAUGAAAAAGUUUUUAAUAAAGCUAAAGCUUUUCAACAGAACAAAGGGAAAGACUUUUAAUUUUUUUCUAAAAUUCAAACUUAAUUUCCAGUUCUUCGUUGUAUCAUUGGUAUUUCUAUUGACUUGGACAACUUGGCAAUGGCUCCCACAUAUGUCUUCAAGUAAAUGGGCAUAUUUUGUUAUGACUUCAUUAUUCUUCAUCAACAAUUCGGUAAGAAUAAUGAUUGUUUUGAGUUAACAUCUACUCAAAAAUUUUGAUUUUCAGGUAAACCCAACAGUAUACCUUCUUUUCAACACACAACUUCGACGAGAGCUUCAUUAUUUAUUAUGUAGACAUCACGCAAUCAGCACUGCUCAAAAUAAAAAACACUCUCUUUUUGGAAAAACGGGCACCACGAGCAACAAAGUUGAAACGGUAAUAAUAUUGAAAUCUUAAUAAAAUGAAAACAAAGUUUUAUUCAGUUUGAAUUUCAGAACAUAACACGCUUUGAUGUCACAAAAUCCCUUGUGGAUCAAGGUGGAUCAAUGUCAUCACAAUCGCAUACAACAACUGAUGAACAUGUAAGACCGCAACAACUUCUCAUAAAGGUUCGCAUUUUUUAAACGAGACGACUUCUUCAAAUAUUUUUUUUUCUCAUGAACUUUGAUCAUCUAGCCGGAAAAGGUGUAAUUCAUGUGUUUUUUCAUUUCUUUGAAUACGAAGUUUGAUGGAUUGCAAAUGUUCUAAAAAAAAUCGUCAAUGUGAUGAAUUAAUGUGAAGGAAUAGUUAGAACUAUAUUUGAAUACAAAAUGAGAAAAGGAAAAGCAAUUUAAAUAUUUUAAAACGACCGUAGAUCAGGAGUUUAUGUCUAUAAAAAGUAAAAAGUAAAUGUUGAUGGAUUUAUGAGAAUUGAAUAUCCAAUGUGAAUGAAACUCACCCACUCACCCUAUUUCCCACCACUUCUUUUGAAAGAAAAAAUUGAUUUUCCUUCACCAAACAUCACCUGGUUUUGUUGAAAAACUAUCACAUUUGUGUUUUUUUAUUUGUUUUUUUCCCUUUUUCUAUCGCUUUCAUGAAGAAGUCGGCUCGGAUUUUCUUUCUUACUGACUUUUUCCAAAUUCCAGGAAAUUCUCUAUGUUUAGUGAUAUGAAUAUUAAAAAAUGAAAGCAUAAUUACAGUAAGUUUGAUAACGGUUUGUUUUUUUUUACUUUACUUUACCUUCUUCCUUUCAUUUCCCUGGGUGAUGAUUGAAAUGCUUUGUGUUGUUCAACUUCUUUUCUUUCAGUUUGCAUUUCAUACUUUUUUAUUUAUUUUUAUUAUUUUUACAUAAUUUUAAAAUAACGCUACGCUAAUUCUAAGUUUCCAUUUAUUAAAAAAUUAAUCAAAGAGUGUUUGCAGUUCAAGUAGACCUAUUUUCAGAGAAAAAUUCUCUAACAGCUAUAAAUCUGAAAUAAUGAUAUUUUUGCAGAAUAUGGCAUACAUCGACAAUAACACCAAUAUCAGUGCAGUUUGA